CAUCUGCAUUAAGACACACAGCACAUGGCCUCCCACAUCUCACUCAUUUCAACUUUCUUCUUUCCAGGCUUUCCUCUCCCAACAACGUUUUCCAGAUUUGUUUCAGUUUCUCUUUUCAUUUGAUCCCCAAAAUUCCGCUCCAAUGCUCCCUGUCUCAGUCUCAACGUUGGAGCCCAACGCCGAUUCUAAACCUCUUAUCACAGCCCAGACUCUUCUCACGCGCCUCUCCACUUCUCUCCGCCUGGCUCUCUCUCACUGCCGUCCUUGGACCGACUUCUUCGACCGUACUGCCUUUGCUAAACCAGCCUCCUUCUCCGAUGCCACCUCCCGGCUUCGCAAGAAUUUCUCCUACUUCCGAGCCAACUACCUCACCAUACUCACGGCUGUACUCGCCUUCUCAUUAAUCACCCACCCUUUCUCUCUCAUAAUUCUGCUGUCACUCAUAGCGGCUUGGCUUUUCCUCUACGCACUGCGCCCCUCGGAACUGCCGCUGGUCAUAUGGGGCCGAACGUACUCGGAUAUAGAAAAGCUAGCGAUAUUGGUGGUAUUAACGGUUGUGGUGAUCUUUUUUACCAGCGUGGGAUCCCUGUUGAUAUCCGGGAUCAUGAUGGGGAUAGCUAUUGUUUGUGCGCACGGUGCGUUCAGGAUGUCGGAGGAUCUAUUUCUUGAUGAACAAGAGCCCUUUGGUUUGGGGUUGUUCUCGUUUGUAAGUGCGGCUGCCUCGUCUGCUGCUGCCAACGCCGCCGCCCCUGUUAUUGUUUCGCGCGUCUGAGCAUUUUCAUACAUGGAUUCAUUGGUUGAUUGGUUGAUUCAUGGAUUCUCCUUUUAUUUUAUUUUUCAUGAAGUUUGUACCAAACUAUAAACGUACAACUUGUCGUCGUUAUAAUAUUUUAUUUUCAUUUUUAUAAAGCUCCUUGAUUUAUGAGUUGACAUGUUUAAA